AGUCAUCUCGGACAACCCGUGCUCUGUGACUGCUCCACGCAAUGGAUGGUUGACCUUCUGGUCACUUAUGUUGAGCGUCGGGCAGCCAACGAGUCUGAGAAACUAGUUUGCCAGGAGCCGAUCGAGAUGAAAGGUCUCACCAUGAAACAGCUCCACGAUAAGAAGAGUCACAUGAGAUGCGUAGACAAGUACGGCAACCGGCCAGAGAGGGACGGAGCUAUACUCCUCGGCACUCUCAUUGGUGUUCUGCUAGCAGUUCCCAUAAUGCUGUCCCUGAUGCUGCUAUGGCGACGCGGCUACUUCGGCUGGCUCGGUUUCCGUGGUCCCGUCGAUGUGUCCAGGGCCUUCUACAAGCGUGCCCCGGCUGACGACAACUAUAUAUAAAUUGGAACACCUACCACCUUAUUCAAAUACGUCCAUUAAAGUUAUCAUUAUCAAGCCGAUAAAGUUCGUUUGUCCUUUUCUUUUUCUAUCACGCCAGUAAGUCUGAAAGGGACAAACGAAUUAAUUCAAUCGGCUUGGUAUCUUUAGAAAACGUUUAUGACUAAGGGGCUAGUCUGAAAUUUAAGUUUUGUACGGGAAGAAUUUUUGUGCCGAACGGCAAAAUUGACAACAUUACCUUGUGUGGUAGUUUUACCAUAUUACAUGUUCUUCCCGUAGAUAAUGUUAAGCGUAAGUUUAGGUUAUAAAGUAAUAUAUGAAGUGUUUAAUUAAAGUAUUAUUUGUUAAA